AUAUGUCCUAGCGUUUGUUUAGGACGGGAUUAAAUACAUUAAGUGAUCUUCUCACUGGGAACUAAUAAUCUGAGCCGCGUCACUCUGUUUCUGUAGAACCUGCCUUGCUGCCAUCGACGCACCUUUGACUCUGCUUAACGACUGAAUCUCACAGCCUGAAUUAACCAUGCCUGCGGAAAACAGCUACCAGGAAAGCAUGCUGAGCUAUCAGAGGCCUGAUGAAGAGGUAGUGGUGGACCACGGUGGCACUAGCUCUGUUCUGAAUAUCCAUUAUGAGAAAGAAGAGCUAGAAGGUCACAGGACACUGUUUGUGGGCGUGCGGAUGCCCAUGGGCAGAGAGUCUCACCGUCACCACCGGCCUCACAGCUCCAAACACCGCAGGAGAUCAGAAAGGAUGCGGUCUGGGAGUGUAGCUCAGGAAGAGGGAAACACAGAAACUACUUCAGCUUCACAUGAUACUCCGUCCCAGAGGGUCCAGUUUAUUCUAGGCACUGAAGAGGAUGAGGAGCACGUGGCACAUGAGCUUUUCACAGAACUGGACGAAAUCUGUGUUAAAGAAGGCAAAGACACAGAAUGGAAGGAAACCGCCAGGUGGCUAAAGUUUGAGGAGGAUGUGGAAGAUGGAGGAGAGAGGUGGAGUAAACCAUAUGUAGCUACACUGUCUCUCCACAGUCUGUUUGAGCUACGGAGCUGCAUCAUUAACGGAACGGUUCUGUUGGACAUGAAGGCCAGCUGCAUCGAGGAAAUUGCAGAUCUGGUGCUUGACCAUCAGGAUGCUGCUCAUGAAUUGGAUGACAGUGUAAGAAUGAAGGUCCGAGAGGCACUUCUGAAGAGACAUCACCACCAGAGUGACAAGAAGCGGAACAACCUACUGCCCAUGGUCAAGUCCCUCACUGACUCUGGCAGGAGACAAAGUGAACCUCACUCUAUGGACAAGACUGGUCCUGCCACUUCUCCUCACCCUCCACCUACACACACUGAAAUAAAAAACGGUGCAGCACAGGAUAAUGGCCAGAUGGAUCUUAGUAAGGUGGACACACAUUUCAUGAAAAAGAUCCCCACAGGUGCAGAGGCUUCCAAUGUGCUGGUUGGAGAACUGGACUUUCUGGAGAGUUCCAUUGUAGCUUUCGUUCGCCUGUCUCCUGCUGUACUGCUCACAGGGCUCACAGAAGUUCCCAUACCUACUAGAUUCUUGUUCAUCUUGCUUGGUCCAGAUGGAAAAGCCCAGCAGUACCAUGAGAUCGGACGCUCUAUGGCCACUAUUAUGACUGAUGAGAUUUUCCAUGGCGUGGCUUAUAAGGCAAAGGACAAGAGUGAUUUACUGGCUGGAAUAGAUGAGUUUCUGGAUCAAGUGACUGUUUUGCCUCCUGGAGAGUGGGAUCCUUCUAUACGCAUAGAACCUCCUAAGAGUGUCCCCUCACAAGAAAAAAGAAAGCUACCAGGAGUGCCAAAUGGAACAGCUCUUCAGGAUGAAGAAGAGCAGCAUGCAGAGCACCAUGGACCAGAACUACAGAGAACUGGGAGGCUAUUUGGAGGAUUGAUUCUGGAUUUGAAGAGAAAAGCUCCAUUUUAUCUGAGUGAUUUUAAAGAUGGCCUGAAUCUGCAGUGUAUAGCUUCAUUCCUCUUCCUCUACUGUGCCUGCAUGUCUCCUGUCAUUACCUUUGGAGGACUUCUAGGAGAGGCUACAGAGGGACAAGUUAGUGCGAUUGAGUCUUUGUUAGGAGCCUCAAUGACCGGAGUAGCGUACGCUCUGUUUGCCGGGCAGCCGCUAACUAUACUGGGCAGCACUGGACCUGUUCUUGUGUUUGAAAAGAUUCUCUUCAAGUUCUGCAAAGACUUUGAUCUCUCAUACCUGUCCUUGCGAACAUGUAUCGGUCUGUGGACAGCCUUCCUGUGUCUGAUUCUUGUUGCGACAGAUGCCAGCUCAUUGGUCUGUUAUAUUACACGUUUCACAGAGGAAGCUUUUGCUUCUCUCAUCUGUCUCAUCUUUAUUUAUGAGGCCUUGGAGAAGCUUUUCCACCUUAGAGAACUGUACCCCAUCAACAGACAUGGAGAUUUGGACAAGCUCACACUGGCUUACUGUAAGUGUGCAGAGCCUGACAAUCCCAGUAAUAAAACUCUAGAGCUGUGGAGUCAAAGGAACAUCACAGCCUUUGCAGUGCCGUGGAGCAACCUCACUGUAACGGAGUGCUUAGAUCUCCAGGGUCAGUUUAUUGGACCAUCGUGUGGACACCAUGGUCCCUACACCCCUGAUGUACUGUUCUGGUCAUCCAUCUUGUUUUUUGGUACCUUUUUCCUGUCCAGCUUCCUUAAACAGUUCAAGACUAGCAGAUACUUCCCAACACGGGUACGAUCAGUGAUCAGUGAUUUUGCUGUGUUCCUCACCAUUGUCCUUAUGGUCCUGAUUGACUAUAUUAUUGGAGUUCCAUCCCAAAAAUUACAAGUGCCCAGCAAAUUCAAGCCUACACGUGAUGACCGUGGUUGGCUGAUUAACCCCAUUGGACGAAACCCGUGGUGGACAGUCCUGGCUGCUUCAAUACCUGCUGUUCUCUGCACCAUCCUCAUCUUCAUGGACCAACAGAUCACCGCUGUCAUUAUAAACCGCAAAGAACACAAACUAAAAAAAGGCUGUGGGUAUCAUUUGGAUCUUCUAAUGGUUGGAGUGAUGUUGGCUGUGUGCUCCAUCAUGGGGUUGCCCUGGUUUGUUGCGGCAACCGUCCUUUCAAUCUCCCACGUCAACAGCUUGAAGCUGGAGUCUGGGAGCUCUGCCCCUGGAGAGCAGCCUCGAUUUUUGGGUAUUAGGGAGCAGAGACUGACUGGUCUGGUAAUUUUUCUACUGAUGGGCUGCUCUGUGUUUAUGACUGGAGCAUUACAGUUCAUUCCAAUGCCAGUGCUCUAUGGUGUUUUUCUUUAUAUGGGAGUCUCAUCUCUUAAAGGCAUUCAGUUCUUUGAUCGUCUGAUGUUGUUUGGUAUGCCACCUAAACACCAGCCGGACUUUAUUUAUUUACGUCAUGUUCCUCUGAGGAAAGUUCACCUGUUCACUGUGACCCAACUGACCUGUCUUGUGCUGCUCUGGGUCAUCAAAACCUCCCCUGCUGCAAUUGUGUUUCCUAUGAUGGUGCUGGCAUUAGUGUUCAUCCGUAAGCUACUGGAUUUCUGUUUCUCUAAGCGAGAGCUUAGUUACCUAGAUGAUCUGAUGCCUGAGUGGAAGAAGAAGAAGCUGGAUGAUGAUUCCAAAAUGGCAGAGGAGGAAUCACAGGAGAUGCUGGUUGAUGACUGUGAGAAAGAAGACAAAAACACAGUGCAGAUCCCAAUGGAGACCAAACCUCUACAUUCACCUCGAACGCCAGACCUGAGGACUGAUCCCUCUGAUAUUAACAUAUCUGAUGAAAUGUCUAAAACUACUGUCUGGAAAUCCCUUAAUUCCAAUCACAAGGAUACACAACGCUCAAGUACACAUAAAAAGGAGGUACCAUGACGUAAACCCACAGACUGAGGAAAUUAUAUACUUAGCGUCAGUUGUUUGAAAUACAGCUGACUUACAGAAGCAGUUACAUGCUAAAUAUACACAGAUAUUAGUGAACUCUUUUCCACUUUUUCUGACACACACACACACACACACUCACAUAGUGAUUUCAGAUGUGAUUCAUGUAUAGCUUUGUGAGGGUGGCGUGAUGUACAGGUGUGUUAAUGUGUGUAAACAUAUGUGUAUAGAGAAGAACAUACUCUCUGACCAAAUCCAGGUUAUUUUUUGUGUUUAAUUAAGUUUUCGGAAACAGACAUCUCUGUGGUGUGCAGUAUGGUGUAUGUGCAGAUUUUUCAUGUCUGGUUCACAUUUGUAAAAUGUUCUCAUUUUUAGCUAUACACUUGCUGUAGAUAUCACUGUAUAUGUGUGCUUUGUUUAUUGUUGAAAUAGUAAUCAGAAGUGUUUGUGUGUUUAAGCCAAAUGGCUGAUCAUAAUUAUAACAUCAGUUUGAACUAUGUAUGUGCCAGUAUCAAUAGCUAUCCAAUAUUUAUACCAACAUGGCCAUGAACCAAAUCAAUCCUUAUCCAAUAGAUGGUCCUGUCUAUUUUAUUGAGUGUGUUGUAUUGAAAUUUGUUAAUAUUGAGCAAUAAAAGGCUUAUAUAUUGUAGCUUGGUGACCAGGGACACUAAUGGUUAACUCUGAACUUGAAGCUCCUCAGCUAUAAGUGUUUCUAUAGUGAGUUUGUCACAACCAUUUUAAAGUAUCAAGGUGAACUCACGAAUAAAUGUCCUGGUCACAUUUUACC